AUGUACUGCACUGCUCGCUUCAGCAACGCCAACAAGUGGCUGCCGGCCUACAGCAAAACAGCAGAGUGCCAGUGCACUGUAGCUAUGCAGCUGUAUCUACAGACUAGUACGACCAGAGGUGCAGCUAAUCUGAUCAGAUUUGUAGCCAUCUCGACUCCAAUUUCAUCGUUAUCUCCUUCCUCUGCCAACGCAGCAACCAAUGCGCCGGCCAAAUUCUCUAAACCUGCUCUACCUGUCUUCAAUUCCUUAAAUCCACAAACGCGCCUUGAGCUUCUCAUCCUUUUCCCUAAGAUUGGAUUGAGCAAUUUCAACAGGAAGUCAUCUUCCCCAGCGAGCAGACCGUGCAGUGGAGGAGCUAGCAGCCAUGGCCCCAAGCUGCGGGUGGCCGCGGCGCCCGGCCCUGGCUUCCCCGACGACGCGGAGGCAUCGGCGGCUCUGGCCCCAAGCCGCGGCGGCCCCUGCUUCCACGGUCUCAUCACGGACCCGCUCCACAGCCGCAGCGCCCGGCCCCUGCUUCCACGGCCUCGUCACGGCGCCCGGCCCCUCUUCCCCGGCCUCGUCACGGACCCGCUCCACCGCCGCGGGUCCGAGAGCUCACUGUGCAAAGGCCACCGGCGUUUCGUCAACAUCUCCGGGGUGGCGGAGCCGCACGGCACGCUGCAAAGGCCAGUCGGGCCCGGGCUGCGGCUCCUGCUGGGCGUUCACCGGCCGCAAUGGAUCGGAUGA